ACGUGCAUCUAUCCGCCGUCUUUCGUGGGUUGGUCUCGCAACGCCGAUUUCCAUCCGAAGAUUUACCGAAAUAUUUAGAGGGAACGUGGGAAUAAGUGGAAAGGGUGCACUUGUCUCGGCAAAUCUCAGCAAGGCAGCGGUCAUGUUGCAGGGCGGCGAGGAGGACGACCACCCGUACAUCCGCGUGUUGGAGACGCCGGCGCCGCCGCGCCCCUUGCUCGUCCGCUACCUCCAGCCCAUCAGCUGGUCUGUCAUGGGCUUCGGCUCCGGCUUCGUCUACAACCUGUUCGCCAAGAAGCCGAUGUUCGCCGGUAUCCAGCGUCACAUCGGCCUGGGUCUGGCCGGCUGGAUGGCGGGCGUCUACAUCGAGAAGUGGCUCCAGUCGUCGGCGGCCGAGCGCGACGCCGUGCUCAAGCACUACAUCCAGCUGCAUCCGGAAGACUUCCCCGUACCAGAGCGGAAAAAGUACGGCGAGAUUUUGGAAGACUGGAGUCCGCUGCGGUGAGCCGUCGGGCUGUGUGUUCUGCUUGGGCCGUCACGAGGAAAACCGGGAGAGUAGGAGAGGACCCGCCGGCUCUAGAAAUCCUUUUGUUGGUGAUGCGAGUGUGCUGUACUUUUAGAACUGAGUUUAAGACGUACCGUACAUGACCAGGUGUGUCACCUAGCCUGGGAUGUCGACUUCUGGUGGAAUGGAUGGAGGGGACUCGACUGGUCGCAGAAGCGCUCGAUGCGUCAAGUCUCAUCCACGUGUGCAUGAUAGGUCAUGGUGCUGAACAUUGUUUGAGAAUAUAUUUGUAAAUGAG